UCGAUAUCAGGUCGUGCAAGGUUUCCUACAUCUGAAUUCUCAGUGCUACAGCGAGAAUAACAGUGCGAGGCCCGGCGUUGUUUGCUGUGACGAACGUUAAAGGUUCGACACUCAUUGGUGCCAUCCGCUCCUUUUCAAGAUGAUUGCUAGAAGUAUGUCACUAUCAAGAUGCUGUGCCAUUGUGGACAGCCAUCCCAUUUCUUAGCAACGGAUUUAGUGUGACCAGGUCACUAGAAGAAGUUUAGGUUUGAUUUAAUAGAUAGCAAAACUUGGCCAGCUACCAAAACUUGGUGAUAUUUUAUUUGGUGAUUCAUCUCUCAAGACAGGAAUUAUUUAGUAGAGGAACAAUAAAGUUUACAUACAGUCUGAUCUCAACAAAAUGCUUUUGUAACAUUUUAAAGGCUACUGUGAGGAAAAAAUACUCAUUUCAUAGAGAACAAAAAUUCUCUAUUCCCUUUUUUGUUUUCUAUUUUGGAACAAAAAAGGGAUAGAGAGGGAAGAAAAAGAAAGUUAAAACUGCUUAACCUUAAAAUAAAAACAAUCCUUCCACCAAUUGAGGGACACGCUUAAUUCGUCGACUGGGCAAAAGUUUUGCUUUGGAUAAAAUUGAAUGAUUCUCUACUGCAGUGUUUGAGCUGGAAUAUUAUCCUUUGAAAGAAUAGAAACUAUUUUGAAAAAGAGGCCUAAUUAUUUUCAUAUCUUGUCGUCAUUAAGAGUAAUUCAUUGACAAGACUUGGUGUACCACAGAUCACAUACAGGCAGAUAGAGGUGCUCAUAUUUUGGCUUUUUCUCUUAAGAACAAAAAAUCCAAAAGCCAGAGGUGGUAUUUAAAACAAAAAGCACUAAAAUAUUACGGGGUACUUAAGGUAGAUAAGGGAAUGAAGCUCAGGAGCUUAUAGAAAUUCCAUAGAGAAAGGAAUUCUGUGAUAAUUAUUUUUUUAUAUUAUUGAAGAAGAUAUUGAAUGGAAGUAUUAACAAUGGCAGACUGGAAUGAUGUAACAUGAAGAUAAUUUGGAGUAACAAGAAGUGUGUGUGAAGUAAAAUUGAAAAUUGGAAGAAAGAGCAUUAGAUACUUAAAGUUAUUUAAUUUAGUCACUUCUUGAAAUAUCUUGAAUAUAACAGAACUCAGUGGUAUUUUAUUUUACAACAUUUUCAUAAGCAGCAUCAUGAUUGAAGCAUACUCAUCAGACGUUUUGUGGAUUCUCAUCGUUGGAUUUAUUGUUGCAUUUAUCUUGGCAUUUGGAAUUGGAGCAAAUGAUGUGGCUAAUUCUUUUGGUACAUCAGUGGGUUCAAAAGUUUUGACAGUUAGACAAGCAUGUUACUUAGCUACAAUAUUCGAGACAGCAGGAGCUAUAUUAAUUGGUUACAAAGUGUCAGACACCAUGAGAAAAGGAAUAUUGGAUGUUAACCUUUAUGAGGGGCGGGAGAGAGAAUUCAUGCUUGGGUUCCUCUCAUCCCUUGCUGGCAGUGCAGUGUGGCUCCUUGUUGCAACAUUUCUGAAGCUGCCUAUAUCGGGAACUCAUAGUAUAGUUGGAGCCAGUGUUGGUUUCUCCCUAGUUGCACAGGGAUUUGCUGGAUUGCAUUGGAUGACACUAGUUACAAUUGUUGCCUCGUGGUUCAUCUCACCAGUGCUUUCUGGAAUGAUGUCAACCGUCUUGUAUUUGCUCAUCCGGAAAUUCAUCUUACGGGCACCACAACCAAUAAAACCAGGACUUAGAGCACUUCCUUUGUUUUAUGGUGUCACAGUUUUAAUAAAUGUGUUUUCAAUUGUGCACAAUGGACCGAAAUUGCUAUACUUCGAUUACAUUCCAUGGUGGGGAGCAUUGAUCCUCAGUGUGUCGAUUGGCAUCUUGGUCACCCUGGGUGUACAUUUCUUUCUUGUACCUCACCUGAGGAAUCAGAUUCUGAAGCAGAUGCGUAUAGACAAAGGUCGUGGCGUGAGUUUUACAUUUGGUGAUUCGACAGAAUCUUCACGUGAUCCAAGCCCCAAACCAUCACGGAGUAUCUCAGUUGAGGAUGUGAAAAGAAACCUUCCAAUCAUAACAGAAACUUCUGAACCUGAGAAAAUGCAACUGGUCCAAGAUGAAAAUGAAAUGGUUCAGUUCACUGGAAAUGCAGCCAAUGGCACCCGGAAUGGGCAAACUACAUACUGUUUUCCAUUGCCUCAGCCAAAUGAUACAAAUACUAAACUGAAUGGUUAUCUACUUGCUGAAACAGCGAUUGGGGCUACAAAGGAUAAUAUGGAGAUUGCUACACUGACACCAGCAAAUGGGAGUACUAUUGCAGCCAUUGUUCCCACACAGCACCAGCAACUUCAUCCAGAAUCAGUUUUACCAGCUAGUGGCCAAGUUACACCAGCUUUUGGUCUUUCUCCCAACAGCAGUGCAGUUCCUUUAAUCAAAGAAAAGACACCAGAACAAAUGAAACUUGAUCCUGAGAGUGUUGCACCAGAAACACAAAUAAUUCAAUCAAAAGAUGAUCCACCUGAAGCAGCUAAACUGUUUGCAUUUCUUCAGAUACUCACAGCUUCAUUUGGUUCAUUUGCUCAUGGAGGGAAUGAUGUUAGUAAUGCUAUUGGGCCUUUAAUCGCCCUGUGGCUGAUCUUCAAGGAGGGAUCAGUGGCCCAAGAAUCUGAGACACCUCUUUUCAUCUUGUUUUAUGGUGGACUGGGUAUCUCAGUUGGUCUGUGGUUGUGGGGGCGCCGUGUCAUUCAGACAAUCGGUGAAGAUCUGACAAAAAUAACUGCCUCAACGGGAUUUUCAAUUGAGAUUGGUGCAGCCUUUACGGUACUCUUGGCAUCAAAGAUAGGUCUUCCCAUUAGUACAACACAUUGUAAAGUGGGUUCAGUUGUAUUUGUUGGCUGGUUUAGUUCAGACAAAAGUGGUGUGGACUGGAAACUUUUUAGGAAUAUCAUUUAUGCGUGGGUUUUCACAGUGCCAGUUGCAGCAGGCCUCAGUGCUGCAUUCAUGUGGAUACUACAGCAAGUUGCACUGUGAUGCUGAGAACAACAAACAGUACAAAUACCAUACUUAUGCCAGUACUUAAAAUUAAAUGUUUAGAACUAACUGUUAGGAGAAAGAAGGGGAGAAAUGAUGUGAACCCUAGUGUAAAGCUGUUGCCAAACUGCCAGCUGGUGUCAAUGUUAAUAAAGUAAUAUUUGUGCCCAUUGUAAUGUGAAACAGGUGAAACUGAUCACUGAGAGCUGUUAUGUCUCAAAUAAAUUAUUACUAUUUCAUUUGCUUUAAAUUAAA